AUGCGAGGUCAUAUGGUUUCUGCCAAUCCCGCUGAAGGGGAGCGAUACUACCUUCGCCUACUUUUAUUGCAUAUUAAUGGGCCUACGUGUUUUGAAGAUCUCUACACAGUCAACAAUGUACAACACCCAACAUUUCGGAAAGCAGCUCUUGAAAGAGGGUUAAUAGAGUCUGAUGAUGGUUUAUCACAAUGUCUUACAGAGGCAUAUUUAUUUCAAGCUCCCAAUGCUCUUAGAAGGUUGUUUGCAACGAUAUUGACUUUUUGUGAGCCAGAAGAUGUUCGUAAGUUAUGGGAUGACCACUACAAUGCUCUUUUAGAAGAUUAUAGGCGACAAUAUGGAAGUGUUGAUAGAGUCCAAAAUAUGGUCCUCGCCGACAUCAAGGUAUUCCUACAAUCUAUGAGUGACAAUAUUGAUGGUUUUGAUCUACCAAAGAUAAAUGAAAAUGUCGAUUUAGAAUCUGGAGUUUUUCGUGAGGUACAAGAGGAAUGCUCUAUUGUUUUAGAAUCGGAACAUUUACAAGCCCAAGAUUUUCUUAACCCUGAACAAAAAUUUGUGUAUGAUGAUAAUGCGGCAUGUCCAUAG